AGAACGAGAACCUGCGGCAGGCGGCUCAACAUCUCUUGCGGCUCCUUACUUUCCACUUCUCUCUUCUCGCAUUUCACCGGCGUCAGACACUCCUCGUAUAACGUCUUCCUUGUAGAAAUUUCGUUCAACAAAACCUGACAAGAUGACCGACAACAAAGAGCGUACGUUUAUCAUGGUCAAACCCGAUGGUGUCCAACGUGGCCUCGUCGGCAAGAUCAUUCAGAGAUUCGAAGACAAGGGCUUCAAGCUCGUCGCCAUGAAGAUGGUUUGGCCUACCGAGCAGCUCCUGAAGGAUCACUAUGCUGAUCUUGCUGCCAGGCCUUUCUUCCCUGGUCUUGUCAAGUACAUGAGCUCUGGACCAGUUGUACCUAUGGUCUGGGAAGGUCUCAACGCUGUUAAGACUGGACGUGUGAUGCUUGGUGAAACAAACCCUAAGGACUCUGCUCCAGGUACCAUCCGUGGUGACUUUUGUAUUCAGGUUGGCCGUAACAUCAUCCAUGGAUCUGACUCAGUGGAAUCAGCUAAGAAGGAAAUCAAAUUAUGGUUUGGCGAAGAGAAGCAGAAAGAAGUCAUUGACUGGGCUUCAUGGGCUGAGAAAUGGAUCUAUGAAUAGAUAAAUCAAUUUGAUAAAAGAAAAACUUCAUUCCACUAAAUUUCUACAAUCUGUUCAAGAUAGGUGUAGACUUGUUAUGCAAUAAUAUGCUCCAGAGUUCAUAAUUUUUGAAAAAAUUCUGCCAAUUUUAUGGCUAGCCAUAAUUGUACAUACCGAAGCUGCCUGAAUAAUAAAUUAUUAUUCAAUCUGA